AUGGUUGAUGGUAUGACCCAAAACGAAAGCUCCUCAAAUGAAGCUUUGGAAUGGCCCCUGGUCCAAGACGAUGACAGCGUGUUCUUGUCAACCUUAGAUAUAUUUGAGGUUACAAUCCUUGGGGUCUGCUUGCUGUUAAUUGUCACCACUAGCACGUUCAUUAUAAUCAUUCUUCACAAGGUUAAGGACUGCUUUGAAAAUGUGCAACAGUUGAUGUUCAAGUCACUGGCCUUCACUGACCUACUCACAGGUCUCUUCUGUUGCGGGUUGACAAUGACGGGGAUGAUCUUCAGGAUGGAGAGGACGUUGUCGCAUGUGAUGUGCGCCGUGGGAUGGGCUGCCUGUACGGGAUUGACCGGACUUUCCGCUCUCCUCAUCACAUGCGCGUGCAUUGACCGGUUCAUCGCUGUCGUCUAUCCUCUGCGAUACUGUUCUUUGGUCACCAUGAAGCGCAUCAGGAUCACACUCGCUAUUACAAGCCUCAUCGUCAUUGCGAACGCUGCACUGAGCACCCUCCGCGGUGGUUUUGCUGGCACCAAUCUCUGCCUCUCAGACUUUUCCUCAGAAAAACUCGCCUUUAGACCCUGCCUUGUCCCUAGUCUUCUCAUAACCAGUACGUCUCUCAUCGUGGCCACCGUUACCAAUAUCAAGGUUAUGUGUGUUUCUUCGGGUCAAGCCAGCCGUAUGACUGUCACCACUCCCAGUUGUACCAAAAACGACGUGGAAAAUAAAAUCAAUGUUAUCAGACAACGCCAAGACCACAGGAAAGGUCUCCUUGUACUUGUUGCAACCACCGUUACGUUUUUCAUCUCAUUGUCACCGUGUUUCAUUAUCUCUGCCUCACAUUUCAACAGGAGAACGGCCGUUACGAAGCCUCUGGCAAGGUACGUGUCGACCAUCUUGAUGUUCUCCAAUAGCUGGAUGAACGCCUUUAUUUUCAGCAUAUUUAACAAGAGGUUUCGUGAUGCAGCGAAGAAGGUGGUGUGUCGUCGCCUUUUGAAACGGUACUCAUGGAGAUACCAGUCCCGUAUCACCUUCGUACCUCCACAAUAA